CCUUUCCUCCUCGCAAAGGGUAUACACCAUUGCUGCAGGGGCAUGGCCUGUCUCAAGAUAACAUUUCUCGUCUAUCUUAUUCUGUCACUGAGAGUCCUUAUGGCGCCAAUUCUCUGCUCACAAGGGUGUCCAAGACAAUUCGGAAAUUCAGCCUCUGUUGAGAAACACCGAAAGACAUGUUCCAAAUGGUAUCAAGUUUGAAUAUCAUACGGAGCGCGAGGCUAUGGGCUUGUGGGCGGAAGGUAGAACGGGUAGCUUCUCAUGUGGUGUCAGAGCCGAUGCAUGUAGAUACACCCAUGACUGCAGACUUCAUUUCUGCAGAGCAAUCACUGCAUACUGAAUCCACCCCAUGUACAAACUCACUUCAGCAAAUGCAGCCCUUACGCCAAUCGAGACGUCCUCUAAGGCACAAUGAACCUCUGCCAGAACUGCCAGCUGGUCUGAACACUCUUCGCCGAGUUGUACUUGUCGUUAGGGACACAUUUGAUACAGCACGGAACGUGUUUGGUAUUUGGCGAAGAUUCCUUCACCGUCCAUCCCAUGAUCCAGAUGCCGCCAUCUCCCUCGAUGACUUAGCCCAGUAUCCAUCUGCGAGCUUCAAUGAAGAAAGUGCCCAUAUGAUCUCUAGCAUGCCCAACAGACCUGAAACCUGGCCAUACCUCAACUCAUCUAUUGCUCUGUUAAUGAAUUGGGUCAACAACGGGAGUACAAACAAGUCCGAAGCUCAAGUCGAUGAACUGGUUCAUGACGUUCUCCUACAUCCUGAUUUUCGGCCCUCAGAUUUCGGCAGAGGUUUUAGCACCAACCGCCAGAAUGCCAGACUCUCUGACGUGUUGGCACAAAUGGAUGAUAGGGAGGAUGGGCAGAAUACCUCGCCAAGUUCUGUACUCCCUGACUUUCAUUUCAAGGAGACGGAAAUCAACAUCGAGGUUCCAUCAUGCGACAGGGAUGUGCCUCCCCGUCAAUUUUCUAUACCCGGAUUGCAGUAUCGAAAUCUUGUCGACGUUGUUCGAAUGGCAUUUACAGACAAGCUAUCACCAUACCUUCACUACUCUCCCUUCAAACUGUUUCAACGGCUACCAAACUCAGACAAUGAUCGAUGCGUCUUUAGUGAGCUCUACAACUCUGACGCAUUUCUCGAGGAGGAUGAUUGGGUUAAGAGGAAAGCACCGCUUCCUCCUGAUGAUCAGGGUUGCCGGCGUGAAAAGGUCGUCGCCACGCUGAUGUUCUGGUCUAACGCCACACAUUUGGCUGACUUCGGAACCGCAAAGCUUUGGCCAAUUUACUUAAUGUUCGGGAAUCUAUCGAAAUAUAUUAGGUCGCAGCCAGAGUCUGAUGGAGUCGAGCGACGUGUCUAUCCUCGAUUCUUUACGUACUCAGCGGAUUACCCAGAAAAAAUUCUCCUUGCUACAAUUCGUGACCAGGGUCUCUGUCCGUGCCCCCGUUGCUUAACCUCGAAGUCUUCAUUGGGCUUGUUUGGUCAAUCUCGCGAUCUCGCCUUUCGACUUGGAACUGGUAUUCGCAAAUACAUGUUCAAUAAAGUUACCGCUGCACGGGAGCUUAUUUAUCGGAAGGGUUAUGCCAUUGCAUCAAGCCGAGUUGAAGAUCUGUUGAAGCCGACAUCAUCGACGCCAACAGCAAAUGCAUUUGUUGAGAGACUUGGUGAUGAUACUAUACUUCAUCGCAUGCUGGUCGUUGACUUCAUGCAUGAGUUUGAACUGGGUACCUGGAAGGCCCUGUUCACACAUCUCAUUCGACUGCUUUAUGCUCAGCCAAAUGGUGAUGAACGAGUUGCAGAGCUUGACCGGAGGUAUAGGGAGAUACCACGCUUUGGAUGUGACACAAUCAGGCGCUUUGCAAACAAGGCAUCGGAGAUGAAGAAACUUGGUGCUCGCGACUUUGAGGAUCUCUUGCAGUGUGCUAUCCCUGCCUUUGAAGGGCUAUUUCCAGAUGAAAGUGAUGAUAAGGCCGUCUCAAAGCUUCUCUUCAAAAUGGCUGAGUGGCAUGGCUUCGCGAAGCUUCGCAUGCACACCGAGGAGACAAUUGCCCACCUGGAGGAACUUACGAGAAGCCUUGCAAAGCUCAUUCGUCACUUUCACGAUGUUACUUGUCCAAAGUUUCAUACGCGUGAGCUCCCUCGAGAGGCAAUGGCACGCCAGAGAAGGAAAGCUCAGUCUUCAAAUUCAGGUGCUCCUGUGGCCUCUACCGCCUCACGCAAGUACAAGGCUCUGAAUCUCAACACGUACAAAUGGCAUGCAAUGCCUGACUAUCCUGCGCACAUACGGAGGUUUGGCACCACUGAUAAUUACUCGACACAAAUUGUGAGUGACUUCAAUCUCUUUGCAUCAAGUUACUUUACUUAUAUUGCUACCCAGGGCGAACAUGCUCAUUGCGUCGUCAAACGUAUAUAUCGUCUAGGUCCGAAACGCAACCAUGAGAAUCAAAUCGGAAAGCGUUACAUGCGCAUCCGUUACUCACACUGGAAGGCACAUCGCAAACAAACAUUCAAGCGUUCUCAUGAUCCGUCUAUAUUUGUGCCGCCAGAGCUCCAUCAUUAUAUUAGUCCUUCACUGAAUAAUCCGAUCGACCUCUCCAAGUUCAUGCACAAUAAUCGCACAGAUCCAGCAGUUACGAACUUUAUACCGAAACUCAAAGACCACUUACUUGGCUGUCUCUUAGGCCAGGAGUUUGACGGGGACAAUCAUGGCAAUUUCAGUGACGCUGACCGGAAUUGUGUUCAGAUUGCCAACAAUCAGAUCUAUUCAGUCAACACCGUUUGCUUCAAUUACACCACCUACAACGUCCGACGAGAUCAAGAUUCUGUCAACCCGAUGCGUCAAUGCAAUGUAAUGAUCAAAUCUAUGGAGACACGCUCACUGGCAGGUGCACACUCAUUCUGGUAUGCCAGAGUUCUUGGUGUGUAUCAUGCGACAGUUUCUGUAAUACCAACGAGCGAAAAUUGCGGUCGUAUACCCUCCAUAUAUGGAAGACAUAUGGAGUUCCUCUGGGUGCGAUGGUAUGGAGCGGAGCGCGGUUACCGUUCUGGGUUCAAGUUUUCACGUCUGCCCAAGAUUGGAUUUGUACCAGACGACGACCCCUUUGCCUUUGGGUUUCUGGAUCCGUCUUAUGUCCUACGCGGAUGCCAUCUCAUGCCGGCAUUCAAUGAAGGAAAAACUACUCAGUUGCUUCACUCGAAUGGUGACAGUAUUGCGAGGAAAGCAGGUGUAUCGGAGGACUGGUUGAACUUCUAUGUCGGAAUCUUUGUCGACCGUGAUAUGCUCUUGAGACAUUAUGGAGCUGGUGUCGGACAUCUGGCGCAGACUCAGACUCUAAGCCCCACCGAGGAGGAGUCAGACGUCGAAUCAUCGUGGUCCGACGAUGAUUCGCUGCUCAUAGACUCCGAUUCAGGUGAAGAUGACUCGGAAUGUAGUACGGGUGAACAAGAGGAGGACAAGGGGUCAGAUGAAGAAGAGGGCAGUAACGACGGCUUUGCUAGUCUCUAAUGUAUUGUAGUAGUAAUGCACCUUGCUCGUUUACCUUUUACUAUGCUUGUUGAAAUAGCCACCCGGGUGAGUUCUUGGCAUAUUUGGAAAUGAUGACGUGGUUUGUCAGUAUGAAGCGUACAGCAAAUAACAUGUACAGGACACUAGAUUACGCAUGUAGUAUAAUAGUGUAGAGAUUGCGCCAAUAGACCCUAUCAGACAUU